GCAUUAGGCUGAAAUAUGAUUGGCGACCCGUCUCUCUCUUGCGCCUGGAUUGGCCCACGGUCAUGUCAAUCAACCAAGUUCAGCUUCCUGUUCCGCCAGUGAAGGGGAAGUAGCGCUCUGUCUGAGCCCGAAGCGAUGAGCCCCGCGCAGUGGGACCUGCCCCCGGAGCUGUGCUGCCGGCCCAUGGCGUUCGUGGCCCUCACGGGCCUGGACGUGGUGUACAACGCGGUGCACCGCGCCAUCUGGGACGCGUUCUGCGCCAACAGGAGGGCCGACAGGGUGCCCAUCUCCUUCAAGGUGCUCCCGGGGGACCACGAGUACCCCAAGUGCCGGACCAAGAGGACCUCGUACGAGUGGUACAUCCCCAAGGGCAUCCUGAAGACGGGCUGGAUGAACAAGCACCUGAACCUGGUGCCGGCGCUCGUGGUUCUGUUCUACGAGCUCGACUGGGACGAGCCACAGUGGAAGGAGAAGCAGUCUGAGUGUGCCACCAAGGUGGAGAUCGUCAGAACCAGUCUGCAAGGAAGAAACACCAAGGUUGCUGUGGUGUUAAUUCAGAAGAAAACGCCUCUUCCUCCAGGUGAGGAUGUCAUGGCCUCAGAACGGGCGGCAGCCUUGUGCAACGCCUGCGACCUGUCAGGGAAGUCCCUCUUCGUCUUGCCCCAUACGGACCACCUGGUGGGCUACAUCAUCAGGCUUGAGAAUGCCUUCUACGAGCACGCCCAGACCUACUACUACACGGAGAUCCGGAGGGUGAAGAGCCACAAGGAGUUCCUUAACAAGACCACGCACCAGCUGCUCUUCGUGAGACACCAGUUCAAGACAGCAUUCUUCAGCGAGCUCAAGCAGGAUACACAGAACGCGCUCAAGUACUACAGAGCAGCGUACAGCCUCAUCCACGAACUCCGCACCCACGAGACCAACAUCCUGGAGAUUAAGACCAUGGCAGGGUUCAUUAACUACAAGAUCUGCCGCCUCUGUUUCCAGCACAACACCCCCCUGGAUGCCAUCGCUCAGUUCAGGAAGCACAUUGACCUGUGCAAAAAGAAGAUUGGCAGUGCCGAACUGGCCUUUGAGCAUGCCGCCUGGAUGUCCAAACAGUUCCAGUACUUCGGUGACCUCUUCGACGAGGCCAUCAAACUGGGGCUCACGGCCAUCCAGACCCAGAACCCAGGUUUCUACUACCAGCAGGCGGCGCACUACGCCCAGGAGCGCAAGCGUCUGGCGUUUCAGCUCUGUGGAGGACCAGAGGCGAACCUUGGCUACCCCGCCCCGGACCCCCUGGAAACGCCCACCGGCAUCCUUGACUUCUACGGACAGCGGGCCUGGAGGCAAGGACAUCAGAGUAUCGACCCACCGGACCCGGAGAAGGAAAAGGGGGGCAUCCUGGCGCUGCAGGGCCGGGAGAAGGAGGUGCCUCAUUCUGAGCUCAUAAUCGCUCUGCUCAGCAAUGCAGUCGCCCAGUUCAAGAAGUACAAGUGUCCCCGCAUGAAGAGCCGCCUCAUGGUGCAGAUGGGAGAGGAGUACUACCACACUAAGGACUACGCCAAAGCUCUAAAGCUCCUCGACUACGUGAUGUGUGACUACCGCACGGAGCGCUGGUGGGGCCUCCUGACCUCCAUCCUCGGCACAGCGCUCCGCUGCUCCUAUCUGAUGGCCCAGGUGAAGGACUACGUAUCGUACUCCAUGGAGCUGGUGGGCAGAGCCUCCAUGCUGAGAGAGGACCAGAAGUCCAGGAUUCAGAAGAACGUGGCGAAAGUCCUCAAGAAUGAGCCCCCAGAGGCGGAGCCAGACUGCGACCCGUCUGCGGUGAAAGCUGCUCAAGCGCUGUGGAACGAGCGAGGGUCCCAGGCCUCUGGAGAAGACCUCAUCUUGGAGGUACAGGACAGUGUGCCCUUUGUGCAGUGCAAGGCCAGGUUCCUCCACCCCAGCUUCCACCUCGAUGUUCCCGUUCAGCUGCACGUCUUCCUGCUCACUGACAGCCCUCACCCCGUGCGCUUCUCCAAGCUGUGCGUCAGUCUAAGCAAUCAGGACUACAAUCAGUACUGCGUGGUGGACAGCUUAGGACAGGCCCCCGCCCAGGAGGACAUGUGUCUGGUCCCUGGCCGCACACACCGGUACUCCUUCAGGUUUGUGGCCCGCCCCGAGGACGUGGGCAAGAAGAUCGAGAUAACCGGUGUGGACCUGAUGCUGGGAAGUGAGAAUGGUCGCUGCAUCUUCCUCAACUGGCGGGGAGGAGGGGGUGACGCGGCGUCCUCCCAUGAGGCCUUGCAGGCCACGCGGUCCUUCAAAAGGCGCGGGCGUCUCCCAGAGAACGAGGUGGAUUGGGACACAGUGUCCAUCCAGGCCAGCACCAUGAUCAUCUCACGAGUCCCCAGGAUCUCCGUCCAGCUGCACCAUGAGCCGCCGGCCCUGAACAACGAGAUGUACUGCAUGAUGGUGACCAUCCAGUCGCAUGAGGACAUAGUGGCCCGAGACCUCAAGCUGACAGCCGGCCUCAAACCAGGUCAGGAUGCCAACCUCAGUCACACGACCCACGUCACUCUGGACGGCUCCAAGAUGUGCGACGACUCCCACCGAGCCCUCCUCCCUGACAUCCCCAUGGGUGACCUGCAGCCACAGGAGAAGAUGGAGAAGCCUCUGUCCAUCCGCUGUUCCACCACCGGGCCGAGGAUUUUCCUCGUCCACGUGGCCUACACAGUGGACACGUGUAUUGAGGGCAGAGACAUCGUCUGCAAGUGUCACAAAGAUGAAACUGUUACCAUAGAAACCGUUGUUCCCUUUGAAGUUGCUGUGAAAUUUGUGUCCACAAAGUUCGAGCACCUGGAGCAUGUCUUCGUGGACGUCCCCUUCCUGCUCAUGACGGACAUCCUCAGCAUGUCCCCUUGGCCCCUACACCUGGUGACCAGUGAGCUCCAGCUGGCUCCUACGAUGGCUGCCGUCGACCAGCCCGCUUCCCAGGUGGAGGAAGUGGUCCUGCAGACAGGCGAGUCGGCAAGCGAGUGCUUCUGCCUCACGUGUCCUCCCGUCCAUCACGGGACCACAGGAGUGGCAUCCGGUCAAUAUGUCAUGUCCUGGAAGAGGAAAUCUGCAAAUGCAACCAUACCAGUGGUUAAUACUGUGAUUACACUGCCCCAUGUUGCCGUGGAGACCAUUCCUUUAUACGUUCACGCAGACCUGCCGUCCUUCGGCCGCGUCCGGGAGUCCCUGCCAGUGAAGUACCACAUCCAGAACCGCACCGCCAUCGUGCAAGAGGUGGAAAUGUCUGUGGAGCCUAGCGAUGCCUUCAUGUUCUCCGGGCUGAAGCAGGUGCGCCUGCGGAUCCUUCCGGGCACGGAGCAGGACAUGCUGUACAACUUCUACCCACUGAUGGCUGGGUACCAAAUGCUGCCGCUGCUCAACAUCAACCUGCUGCGUCUGCCGGCUGUCAGUGGACAGCUGCUGCGUCGUUUCCUACCUUCCCGUAUUUUUAUCAAGCCUCAGGGACAGCAGGCAGACAGCGACUCCAUCGCAGCUGCAUAGACAGAAAGCGCACAAAGGAAUCCCGCUCCGUUUCUCUGCUCAGUAAAUGAACUCUGCUUCAGGUCUGGGUGGACUUGUGGUUCCUGGAGAGGAGUGAGGAAGGAGGCACGUCGGCUCGCGGGCGCUCAGCUCUUCUGAUGCGUAAUGUAGAAAUAUGUCAAGCUCUUCUUGUUGCACAUGUCUUUGAGUUGACAUUAAAGCGCACUAGACCAUGAGACCUGUCAGUCUGUCCUUCUGUGUGUAGCACACGGGUGGAGACGGUGAACUGUGUCCUUUGACAGCCGAAGAGGUCAAAUGAGAAGCAGUCGUUCAGGUUAAUGUUUCAAUAUUUCACUAAAUAAUCAAUCUGCAUACAUUACAUGUGGCCUUUCAACAUUCCCUGGUUGGUUUCUGUGUUUUAUUCGAGAUUUAAAUGUUAUCUAAAUUACAUUGUAUGUUGUGUCAGAUUCUACUGUAAGUAAUAGUGUUUAACAUUUUGUUUGAAAAUAAGGUUGAAGCAUUAAGCUUUUAGAUAAAGUAAGUCCAACAAAAAAACC